CAUAUAUCAUUCAUAAACAACAGAGUGCCCCGGACUUCUGCUGUUUAUUUUUUAAGUAUUACUUUUUCAUAUUCGUUUCAUUUUGGUUUCCACGCGAGUAUUCGCUCUGUUCUACAACAACCACAAUAACAAAAAACCCAUCUCACCUUAACAAGAACAUUGGUAUUGCACACAUUACUUGAACAGGGAUCAAACUAAAAAUAUAAAUUGCAGAAAGCCAUUGAAGAAUGAAUUUUUGCUGGUUGAAGUAAAGUGCGAAUAUUUAAACUGAAUCUACAGUAUAUUUCGCGGUCAUUUUGUUUCGCUUUGCCAAUUUAUGAAUAUUCCAAACUAAGUUACAAUAUGCCAUUUGCGUCCUUUUCAAGAAUACGAGAAGUUAGCAGCGAGGAUGAUCAUCAUUUGGCGGAAAAUUUGAUAAAACCGUCUCAAGGAAAGAAAUGGAAAACCAAGUCAGUGGGAGAGAAAUCGGCUUACGUUAUACUUGAAUUAGAUGAAGCUCAGCAGAUCACAGGCAUCGAUAUUGGUAACGAACAUUCGGCCUUUAUUGAGGUUUUGGUGGGAAAAUCCACGUCGACUCCUGAUGAUUUCACAGAAAUUUUAAUAACAUGUUCCUUUAUGACUCCAAUAGAAAGUAGAAGUUCGAAUAAUCCAAAUAGAGUGAGAUGUUUUUGCACGGAUGCUUUGGUACCCAGCGUAGCAGAAAAGAAGUGGUCUUUACUCAAAAUAAUUUGUACACAACCAUUUAAUAAACACGUCCAAUAUGGUCUUUCAUUUGUUAAAGUACACGUUGCAUCAAAAAACUCUACAAAAGAUACAGGGCUGGCACCUGCGAAGGAAAUAGAUGCUAAACCAACCCCACUACAAAUUGGAAUGUUUAAAUUACGAGAAGAUUCACCUGAUUCGGAAACCAGCGGAGUUUCCAGCCUAUUUAAUCGCUGGAAAACUAACAAAGAUGCAAAUGAACACUCUGCGGCAGCUUCCAUUAGAAAUGCAGCCAACAGUAGCUGCGAAAAACAAUCCCGUGAAAAUUUUAAAGAAAUAAAAUCAAAUGAUUCAUUUAAAAACUCAAAAAUUGAAGUGCGGGACAGGAAUCGCUAUGAUUUGAUGUUUGGAGUCGCAGAUGAUACGAAUACAGAAAAAGAAGCUCGACUGGCCAAGGAAAUCGAGGCUGAAAAAGAAAGACGGAGGAUUGAAGCAAAAAAGCGUGAAGAAAUAAAAGAAAAAGAAAAACGUAAAUCACUGGACAUAUUACCGCAACACUCCACAGGAAAUAACAGAAAAGAGAAGCCACAAACGGUUAACCCACAUAACUUAGAAAAUGAGCCUGCCAAAAAGCGUUCGAGUUCGCCAAAUAGGAAGCCUGCAAAAAAGAUCAGACCUUCAGAAAUAAAAUACAAGCCCUUCAACCUACUACUUAAAGGAGUAGUUUUAGUAAUCAGUGGCAUUCAAAACCCUGAUAGGGCCGAUUUGAGAAGUAAAGCUCUGGCUUUAGGUGCAAAGUACAAAUCAGAUUGGGAUAAUACCUGUACUCAUUUGAUAUGUGCAUUUAAAAAUACGCCAAAAUAUAACCAAAUAAAGGGUAAAGGAAAAAUCGUAACGCGCUCGUGGGUAGAAAAAUGCUACAACACAAAAAAAUACAUACCAUGGAGAAGGUUUGCUCUAGACACUGAAGAAUUAACAAAGACCGAAAGCGACGAAGAGAUAUUUGCUGAAUCAUUACUGCCUUCUAAUUUGGCAGCCCGAAAAAAUCACGAUAGUGAACGUGACGAACGCAACGAAACAUUAUCUCUUUACGACUUAGAUGAACAACCAUUAAAACAGCAAUCUAGGAACAACGCCUCGACAUCUUCUUCUGAAAAUGACACCGAUGAUGAAAUUAAUCACGUAAAAGAAACGGGAAUGAAACCUUUUGCAGUGGAAUUGAAACCUUUUGCAGUGGAAAUGAAACAUUUUGCAGUGGAAAUGAAACCUUUUGCAGCGGGAAUGAAACCUUUUGCAACCGAAAUGAAACCUUUUACAACCGAAAUGAAACUUUUUGCAAAUCAAAUGAAACUUUUAGAUUUUUAGAAGGAAAAAUAACAA